GGUUAUUAGUUGAUAUGAUAAUAUACUUUGUCAAAUUGAAAUUCAAAUUAGGUAAUUAAAUGAUGGAUGACCGUGGUUGGAUAGAUCGUCGUGUGGAUGAUAGUGGUUUUGUUACUGAUGAAUUUAAAGAGGGGGUGCAAUUUUUUGUGAGAUUUGCAUUUUCAAGACUGAAAGCAAAAUCAGAGAUUAAGUGUCCUUGUUUGAAAUGUAAAUGUAGAAAAUGGGAGAAUCCUAAGGUCGCCUCUGUGCAUUUGUGUAAGCAUGGGUUUAUGAAUAACUAUUAUACAUGGUAUGUUCAUGGAGAGACAUCUAGUAAUACAGUAAGAAACUUUGAAGGGGAAUCUUCUGAUAUGGAGUUUGUUAGAAAUGAAGUAGAUGCAUUAUACCAUGAAAUGGUAGUUGAUGCAAUGGGUGCACAGUCUGAAUACAAUGACAGGCCAAUGGCUGAGGAGCCAAAUAGUAAGGCAAGAGAAUUUUAUAAUCUCUUGCAUGCUGCAGAAGUCCAUAUAGGUGUUGGGGGACAGGAUGUUACAGUACUUUCAUGGAUGGCAGAAAUGCUAAACAUGAAAACUCUUUAUAAUAUGAGUGCUGCUAAUUGGCAAAUGGCAUUGUCAUUGAGUCGAAAGUUGUUGAGUCCAGAGGACCAAGAAAAGGUGCCAAAGGAUUUCUACAGUGCAAAAAAAAUGAUAAAUGUGCUUGGACUUGGGUACAAGAAAAUUGAUAUUUGUGUCAAUGAUUGUUUCUUGUACUAUGAUGAGCAAAGUAAGAAUUUAACUGCUUGUCCAGUAUGUGGAGAAUCUCAUUAUGAGCCAAGGAAUAUGUCUACUAUAAGGCAGAAAGAUGUUCCAAGGAAAUCUUUGUGGUACCUUCCAAUUACCCCAAGAUUGCGACGACUAUACAUGUCUAGAAAAACAGCAGAGCACAUGACAUGGCAUUUGAAAUGCCGUGAGGAUGCGGAUGAAGUUAUUCAUCCUGCGGGUAGUGAGGCAUGGAAACACUUUGAUGAAACCCACCCAACAUUUGCUGAUGAACCUAGAAAUGUUAGACUUGACCUCUGUACAGAUGGUUUUAAUCUAUUUGGUUGCUCUGCAACGCCUUACUCUUGUUGGCCUGUUUUUCUUACAGUGUACAACCUUCCUCCUAAAUUGUGUAUGAAGUCAGAACAUAUAUUUCUUGCCAUGAUAAUUGCUAGACCUAAAAGUCCAGGAAAAAACAUUGAUGUCAUGCUUAGGUCAUUAAUUGAUGAAUUUAAGGAAUUGUAGACAAAUGGGGUUGAAACUUAUGAUAGUUUCAGACAACAGAAUUUUGUCAUGAAAGCUGCAUUGCUAUGGACUAUAAGUGAUUU